AUGAUUAUUCUCUCUUCCCCUUGCCUCCCUUCCCUCCCUUCCACACUCUUUUCCCAGUCGUUUGACGCAGUGAGGGCGGAGCUGGAGCAACUACCGCAGGACACGUCGUUUGACGCAGUGAGGGCGGAGCUGGAGCAACUACCGAGUGACACGUUGGCGCUGCAGCAGCUGGGCAUGCACAGUGGGCGGCGGCUGCUGCAGCUGGACGUGAUCACGGAGCAGCUGGCCACGCAGGUCAUGAACCACCACCAGAAAAUGGUGCAAGGAAUGCAGCUGGUGGGGGAGCUGGACCGAGAGCUGCGGGUGGUGUCUGUCAUCUGCCGGAAUGCGCGGCGGCAUCUAAACAAGGCGAUGGAGGAGGUUGCGAGCGACCUGGUGGUGGCUGCCAGUGUCAACAAGAAGAAAAUGCUCACUAGCAUGCUACCAGUGCUGAUGCGCAUGCAGCAGGUGGUGGACGUGAGGGGGCGCAUGGACGCGUGCAUCGACGAGGGCGACUUCGCCCGUGCCUUGCGCCUCUGCUCGCACUGCCUCGUGCUCAUCGAACAAAACGCACAACUGGCGGCCAUACGAGACAUGAACAUCAGCAUCGAGGAGUGGCUCACCCAGGUGGUGGACCAUGUAGAUGCUCUGCUCUUCACUGUCUGCAAGUCCUUCGACUCUCCUUCUUAUGCCGUUGUGAUCGACGCGUAUGCAGUGAUGGACGAUGCGGCCACGCUGGCAGACAAGGUGCAGAACUUCUUUGCGCAGUCUGUUGUCACCUGCACCUACGACACGCUGCUGCAGUUCCUCGAGCAGGCGAUGGGGGAAGAUGACGGGCACAGAAGCAGGCUGGCCUACAGUGAGCUGUGUGUCGAGCUGCCGGAUGGCGUGUUUCGUCUGUGCCUGCUGCGCACUCUGCGUGUGCUGUUUGACUUGUUCUCAUCACACCACCACAUGAUGACAUGGCGUCACCCCUAUGUCAGACGCCCCAACACCAUGUCAAUGGACCGCUUUCCCCGCAUGGCAGCAUCGGACCCCACGUGUGCCUCUGCGCCUGUCUCUGCUUCCAGCUCCGCCUCCGACCUCCCCCAACUCGCCCGCAUCCCCGCUCCACCCAAUGGCCUGCCCCGCUCCUCCUCCGUCUCUGCUUCUACUGGUAGCGCUGCUGCUGCUGCUGGUGAUGCUGCUGGUGGCCCUGCUAGUGCUGCUGGUGGUGCGAGUGCUGGUGAAGGAAACGGAGCUGCAGCUUCUUCUGAGGGCGCAGCAGCAGGUGGUGAGGGCAGGGCACCAGGUGAGUCGCGAGAGGGGCUGCAUGCAAGGCGGAGGAGCCACAGCCUGGUGAUUGAGAUCCCUGGGGGCGGUGAGCAGCUGCAGGAGAAGAUUGAGGAGGGAUAUAGUGAGAGGGACAAAGGGGCUGAACCAGGGAAGGCGCAAGAUGGGGAGAGAAAAGGCGGGAGUGAGGGCGCUGGUGGGACAGGCGCAGAGGCGCAGCAGCAGCGUGGGCAUGCGGCGUUGCAGCAGCAGAGGCGGCAGCAGCUGUCGCUGCAGCCGCAGCAGCAGCAGCAGCACGGCGUUGGUGGUGGAGAUGAUAGAAGCAGAAAUCGGGGUGGUGGAGGGGGAGCGGACAUGGCACUGAGAACAGACGAUGUGAUGAUGAUGGGGAGUGACUUUAGAGAGGGGUCGCUGGCGGAUCUGCCGCCCAACGUGGCGCGCAAAAUGCGUGUCAGCACCACGGCUGCUGUCUGCCGCGCGCUGCAGAAGAAUAGGAAGGCUGUGUGGGAGCUUGCGGCACGCCGCGUGGGUGCGCUGCUCACCGCGCCGGCGCUCUGCUCAGGAUCGUCGCAACAGUUUCUUCAGUGCUUGGAGUGGGUGGACAAGUUUGCAGCAGUGGGCGAGGCGUUCACAGGGGUGGAGGCGGCGGGGCUGCGAACCAAGAUGGUGAAGCAGAGCGAGGUGUACUUCAACACCUUCCACCGCCAGAACCUCAAGGUGGGACUCAUCCACUGUGGUCUUGAGUCGACUCAAAACACGACUCAUCCAUGGCAGGUGCUGUUGCAGGCUGAAAGCCUGAGAGGCGGAAAUGGGAGUAGAGAGAGUGGGGCAGUGGAGGGCGUGAGCUCGGGUGGUGAGGGAGCGAAGGAGAGAAGGGAUUUCCGAGAGUGGCUGGAGCGAGGGAACCCGUUUGCAGCAGUGGAGGCGGGGGAGGAGGAGGCAGCGGAGGGGAGGGAGGGAGGGGAGGGGGCGGAGAGUGGUGAAAGGAGCAGCAGCGGGAGUGGCGGAGGGACAGGGGCGAGGGAAGGGGGAGCAGGAGCUGGGUCUGGCCGGGGCAGGAGGAGUUCGGAGGCAGGAGGGGGUAAUGUGGGGGGGGGAGGCGGACUGGAUACGGGUCUGGCGCUCACUGGCGCUGCUCUCACUGUCGUCAGGUGUGUGGGUGCUUGUGUCUAUCAGCUCAUGGACCGGUACACGCGCCUCAUGGGGCUGCUGCCUCCCAUUGCUUCCGGGAUCUUCGCUGGUCUGUGCCAGCUGUUCGACCUCUACCUAGUCACGGUCUUCCGGCUGUUUGGCAGCCCCGAUGCAGUCAGCACACUGCGCUCCUCCGACCCUGCUGCUGCUGCCCUGCUGACCCCCAAGCUGCGCACCACGCUGGCACGUGUCGCGCAGGGAUUGGACGACGCGCGCAACCGGCCCAUCUCCAGCAGUGGCAGUUUGGCAGGGGGCGGAUCGAACAACGUACUCGUGUCAUCGUCGAACAUGUUUGGACUUAAGGAGCGCUGUGUGGCGAUGGAGUCACUCAUGUGGCUCACGGACAUGCUGCGGCAGACCAAGCCGCGCUUCCAGUCGCUGCUCGCCCCGCCUGCCUGGACCAACAUGGACGUCUUCUAUGCCCGCACGUUGGACGCAGUACCGGACUUGUGGGAGCACGUGCUGCGCACCCUCGUGAAGCUGCUGCUGAGCAUAGCGGGCACGGCGGACCGCAUUGCUGCGGUGAACUGGGAGCCGGCUGACAUCGGCACACAGCAUAACAUCUAUGUGGAAAAUCUGGUUGCGGAGUUCCGGCUCUUCGCCCACCGCCUGGGGCAGUCUGGAGCGCCUCGACAGGUGCAGGAUCAGCUGGUGGCAUACGGCCUGGACGAGCUCUGUGACGUCAUGCUAGACGGCAUCUGCCGCGUCAAGAAGUGCAACAGCAAUGGCCGCGCCCUCAUGUCCCUUGACCUUCAGGUGCUGGUGCAAGGUUUGCAGCCCAUAGUGGGGCGGGGGGCAGUCAAGGGGCUACAGCUUGUAGACAACUACAUUAAGGCAUUCUACUUGAGUGAGAGCCAGAUCAUCGACUGGGUCCGAGCACAUCCUGAAUACACGAAAGCGCAGGUGAUAGCAUUGGUGGUGAUGGCUGCUAAUGGCGGCAAUUGGAAACUGAAGAACAAGUUCGAGAUUAUUAAGAAGAUAGAUACAGCUUUCAUGGACUUAAACUUAGACCCUCCACCAGAAGAUCCUAACUAUUUUCCUGGAGGACCCGAUUCGGGAUAUAACACGGGCAGUAUCCCUAGAAAUACCGAGUCUCGUUUGCGAGCCGCUGCUUUUCGUGAUCGGGUUACCGAUGACAGCGACGUUGUUGCCGCUGCUUUUCGCGAACGGGUUUUUUAUGACGGCGACGCCGCGCAUCCAUCGGGUUACCAUCACCACCACCAUCAUUAUCCCGGACGCGAACCGCUCGUUGAUUUCCAACCUCCCGCAGUGCACAGCCGAGAUCAGGCUCGCACGGUUGCGGAUAGAUCGCAGCCGUUCGAUCCGGCAGAUGGCGGUCCUGAAGACCUCGCGAUGGACGGCGCUGAUCAGGCGGAGGGUAUCAAGGGCGGCUCUCCUCUAGGCAAUGCCGCUUCCCCUGACCGCACCUUGAUGCGAAGCGCUCCGCCGUGUUCGGGGGAGGACUCCGCGGGAGCAGACUGCGCGGGAGCAGACUCCGGGGGAGCGGACUGCGCGGGUUUUGACGUCGCGCAGCAGCCGUGCGCGCGCGAAAUGGCUCCUGAGUUCCGGAGAAGCGCCGAGCGCGGAGCAGCGCGCGCGUGGAGGGGGAGCGGGUACUUCGCGGUGCUGCCCGACAACCUGUGCGCCAAGAUCGCGUCGUGCAUCGUGCACGCCAAGAGCCUCGUCGCCUUCCGCUCCACCUGCUCCUACCUCCGGCGCGUGGUGCGGGUGGGCGGGGCGCUGGUGUUUCUGGCGGAGGACUUCCCCCACCGCGAGGCGGCGGAGAGGGGAAUCACGCAGGCGCUGCUGCAGGCCACUGCCGCCGUCACCUCGCUCUACGUCGAAGCUCCCCCCGCCUCUGACCCUUUCCAGGUGCGCAACGUUCCCGCCUCCGACCCCUUCCAGAAGAGCUCAAGCCCACCUUUUCUCUACUUCCCCCCCACCUUCCCCACACCUUUUUCCCGCACCCUCCUCCCUUUCGUCCAGGAGCUAGCGGUGAUGACGUGGUGCCUGGUGUGCCGUGACUCCCUGGAAGAGCUCACUCUCGUGGACGGCACAGCAGACGCCGCCAUUCUCACCGUGGUGGCGGGGGACAUGGUGGCGGAUCUGCUGGCGUGCUGCUCAAGAUUGCAGGAGCUGACGCUGCUGCUGUGCUCGGGGAUCGGUCCGCUUGACCUCAUGCAUGCGCCCUGUGCGGAGUUGAGGAGGUUUGAAGUGAGGCUAAGCAACCGUGCGGCCAGGAAGGAUGCUUGUUUGGAGCUGCUGCGACUGAACGCCCCCAACCUCGAGUUGACAGGUGACGACUGGAGCUGGGGCACGGUGCGAGCCAUUCUGGACCUCUGUGCUCUGUCGCUCGAGGAGCUCUCACUGACCUGCUACAUCGACCCGCUCUCAGCGGCGUCCAUCGACACGGCUACGGCCUUCUUCUCCUCGCUGCCCUCGCUGCGCUUCCUGCUGCUCUGCCCCUCCGUCUACUACGUCAUGAUCGCCACACUGGGCGACACAAAGGUUAUCAGGGCUCCCAGCCUGGAGGAGUUCCACGUGGAGUAUCACGACCACGCCAUGGCAGUCAUCGCCUUCCUCACCGCCCUCCUGCGCGGCAGCCCGCGACUGCGGUGCAUACAGCCCAUGGUCACGGUGCCGCAGGAACCCGGCAAGGACUUGUUGGGGGACAAGGACUUCCGGCAGGCUAUCUCUCGCCUCCAGGCCGAGUUCCCCCGCGUGUGCUUCCCCUCUGUCUGGCAGCUGUCAUGA